AUGGACAAAACAAAGUCCAAAUUAGCCGCUUUUUUUGACAAAGACGAAGAUGAAUCUUCGUUCCCACAAAAACCUGUCGAUGAUCAGAAAUUGUCGCAGUAUGCCCAGGGCACUGUGCGAAAGUCCCGGAGAGAGAAAGAGAAGGAGGCAGCUGACGCGAAGAAGAGGGAAGAGGAAGAGAAUGCUGCCAGAGCAUACGCAGAAUUCCUGGACGCUUUUGAGGGUGAGGCUGUAGCCAAAAAGCAAGCAGGGCCAGGAUUUGUUCGUUCGUCAAAAGAUUCGGGGAUCGCUUAUACGCCCUCGGUGCAGUCCAAGGCAGAAGGGUCCUCUCGCAGCAUGCGACCGCUAGAGGAGAUGUCUGAGUCACCUACUCCUCCUUUAGCACCCAAGCCUAAAGGCAAGCGCGCCAUGGAUGCCUUUCUGGAAGAAAUCAAAAACAGAGAUCAGGCGGAAAGAGAAGCUCGAUUUUCGCGGACUGGUUCAAAACAUGUUAACGAUAAACAACUGACAUGCUAUAUAGCAUAUGAAGGCCAGAGUGGCAGUAAGGAUCGCGGAGACCCCGAGACAUCCAAUGUUUUUGUGGCCAAUCUUCCCCCUCACGUCACGGAACAAAGCUUGGGCACAUUCUUUGCGCGCGCGGGUCCGGUUGGUUCGGUCAAAGUGAUGUGGCCUCGUGGUGAUGUCGGUCACGGUCCCGGGGCAGACAUGACGGCCACCCGUCGCACCAAGAAUGCUGGGCUCAGUGGUUUUGUCUCAUUCAUGAAAAGAAAGGAUGCUGAAGCCGCCCUGCGGGAGUUUGACGGAUUUGACUGGGGCGGUUCGGUUCUACGCGUCGGUUGGAGUAAAGCCGUCCCAAUCGCGGCCAAACCCAUUCCAAGUCGAUCGCGUUCACCACCACGUCGACGCCGACAGCCCAGUCGUGGCCGCUAUGAUCGUCGCAGUCGUUCCCCUCGUCGGCACCGCUCCCCUACUGACCGGGCCCACAGCGACGACGACGACGUGACUGUAAUGUUCAUACGCACCGUCGCCGCUGAAGUAAAGGGGCAUAACGAUAAAUAUGAAGAAACUUUACGAGAGAGGGAAAAGGGCAAUGCACGUUAUGCGUUUUUGACCAAUCAUCAGCAUCGAAAGCACAGAUACUACAGGUCCUUGGUGGAUAGGGACCGCAGCCUCGAACGCGAGUUUGAUGACGAGGGCUAUAACAGCGUGUACUCAACAGACUCUGCCGAGGAGUCUGAGAGGGAGCGAACACGGAAGACGAAGCUCGGGAAAUUGGCUCGUAAACGGUUUGAAGCUAUGCUGCGGUCACUGUCAGGAACUAGAGGGGAGUUGGCACGGUGCAUGGCAUUCAGUCUAGAGCAUGCGGAAGCUGCGAAUGAGAUUUCAGACAUCAUCAUCGCAUCCUUAGUUGUCGACGGUACUCCCGUGCCAAGGAAGCUCGCGCGCCUCCACCUGAUCUGCGACAUCCUGCACAACUCCGCCGCCCCCCUGCCCAUGGCCUGGAAAUUCCGGCAAGAGUUCCAGGGCCGCCUGGGCCUCGUCUUCGACCACUUCUCCACGAUCUACCACUCCUUCCCCGGGCGCAUCACGGCCGACAUGUUCAAGAAGCAAAUCACGGCCGUCAUCGACAUCUGGGAAGACUGGAUCGUGUUCCCGCCCGACUUCACCGCCGAGCUCCGCGAGCGUAUCGAAGGGCAGGCGGGAGAGGCGACCCCUGCUCAGGACGAGGCUCCCGAGGUCGAGGAGGAGAGCGUGCCGGUGUUCACGUCGCGGUUCAAGGCCAGCUCGUUCAGGCCGGCCGACGAGGUCGCGCAGGUCGCCACUCCCGCGGCCGAGGGCGCGGCUGGUGGUCUCGACGGCGAGGCGAUGGACGAUGGGAGCGACGGGAUAGACGGCGAGGCGGUGGACGACGUGGACGGGCAGCCGAUGAGCGACGACGUGGACGGACAGCCGCUGGGGGAGGACGUCGAUGGGGAGCCGAUGGGUGAAGAGGUCGACGGGGAGCCUCUGGCUGACGAUGUCGACGGACAGCCGAUGGACGAUGACGUGGACGGGCAGCCCAUCGACAAUGACGAUAAUGUGGACGGCAAACCUCUCGCCGAGGAGCCUGUUGCUGAACACGCACCGGUAGACGAGGGUGACGUGGACGGAGAGCCGAUGGACGACGACAUGGACGGAGCACCGAUCGAUAUCUGAGUGAUCUUACCACCACCAUUACGCAGCUUAGCUAGUUUCUUGCUCUCCGCUCUCCAUCUACUGUACGGGAAUGAACUGCUCCUGCACGCCCAUCCCUGCUCUGGCUCGUAGAUAAUUAUAAAACGAUGCUUAUAUUGUUU